AUGACGACGACUUUGAUGACAACAACAGAAGAAAACAACAAACUGACUUUAUUCGACGCCAUGUGCCGAUUACCAUUGAUUUUGCUCUUCGCUCACGUCGUCGGGAAACGAAUGAAUACGAGCGGUGUCAAAUUCAGCAACAGUAGUGCUUUCGGUGGUUUCAAAGCGUUUAAGAUGCCGCUCGUGACAUCUUACAUAUUCGUCGGGAUUUUAUCCAGCACCUCGUUUUUAAACGUACUGACGCCUUUGGUCGUUCGCGAGUCCUUGUGGUUGGUCGACAACGCGUGUUUAUCCGUCAUCGGCGUAUCGGCGGGCGCGGAGUUAAGCGCGAGGGAUCUGAGAGGAGACGCGAGAAAGAUUAUAGUUUGGACGAUUUCGAUCGCUUUGUUUACGUGGAUGACAGUUUUUACGGCGUUUACGGUCGGGAAGGUUUCCGAUCGCGUUGAGUUUUUAGAGGAUAUGAAUCGGAACGAUUCAGACGACGAUGGCGGCGAAGACGACGAUUCUUCUUUUUUACGGCGGCGGCGAAAGUACUUGCGAGCGUGCGCGAUAGGAUCGUUAAUAGCUACGUUAUCGAUCGCUCGGAGUCCAGCUUCGGCGAUCGCCGUUUUGAGAGAAACCGAAGCGAGAGGACCGUUUUCAAAAUUGGUCGUCUCGGUGACGGUUUUGAAGGACGUUUUGGUCGUCGUUUUGUUCGCUUUGAACAUGGAGAUGAUUGAAUCUUUAGGAUUGAUGGACGUGAGCGUUGGCGGUAGCACUAGUAGUAGAGGCAGUGAUGGUAGUCAAAAUAGUAGUAGUCGUAGUGAGAGUAGCACUGUAGUAUCCUCGUUGAUGAUGGUGAACGAGACGACAGAUAUUAAUCGUGAUCAGACGAGCGCGCUUCUUAGGCAUCUGAUGACGACAAUCGGCGGAGAAGAAACGACGUCGACAAACGAUUAUGAGUACCAGAUGAGAUCGAUUAUUCGCGCGUUAGAACCGGUGGUUUCUGUGUUUGGUUCCUUCGUGUUCGGUUUUUUCGCUGGAGCACCUUUACACUCGGUGUUGCGACGCUUGCCGUCGCCGAGUGUAGCGCAAACGGACGGUGGUGAUCAUCAAGCGGCGCAUGUGAAUGUAAAAACUCGAUUUCGAGCGUUGAUGAGACAAUCGAUGAAACCGCUGUUUACCAUCGUCUACUCGACAACAAUAUUCGUCGUUUCCAAGCGAUUGUUUUUGUUGGAACCGCUGUUAGUGUGCGUGUGUUGUGGGAUAUUUUGCGCCAACAGAGGUAAUUUUUCCUCCGCGGCGACGACGACGAGGACGGCGGCGGACGAGGACGCGGCGAAUAAGUUGGCGCAACAGCAACUCUUCAACACCAUCGGCUCGAAGUCGUUGCACUCGUCCUUGGUCUCGUUACAGCCUUUCGUCAACUUGGUCUUUUUCACGCUCGCCGGAGUGGCGUUGGAAAUGGAACACGUGAUGAGAAGCGCGCAAGCGGCGAUCCUAUUGGUCGCGUUUCGCAUACUCGGUAUUUUCAUCGCGUGCAGAAUCGCCAGUCGUUUACUCCUCUCAUCGGAAACGUCGUCGUUCUCCGGGGGUGGUGAUAAUACUAUCGAGCAACAGCGCAAAGUCGCUUGGAUGGCGCACGUGACCCAAGCCGGCGUCGCGUUAGGUUUGGCGAGAACGUGUUCGGUGAAAUUUUCCGCAACGUGGGGCGAACAAUUCGCCUCCGUCGCGACCGCGAUGAUCGCGCUGAAUUUGUUAAUCGGUCCACCUCUCUUUCGAAUCGCGCUGACCAGAGUCGGCGAAGCUUCUUCGACGGAGGACAACAACAGAGGAGUUACCGUUGUUAUCGUCGACGAUAAAGAAGACGAAGAAAGAGACGAUGAAUAA